CGCUCCGCUCCCCGCCCGCCGCCGCCACUCCGGCGGCUCCGCCGAGCAGCGCCCGCGGCUCCGGGGCCGCCGCGCUCGGCCACCAAUGCGGGGGACACCGGCGGGGAGGAGGCAGCGGCUCCGCGGCAGGUGAACUCCGGGGAAGGAUGACCGGCGUGGCCGCGAUCGUCUUCCUCCUGCAGCUCUUCUCGCCCAGGGCGGAGGGACAGGUCUUCCCAGGUGGUUGUUCGUUUGAUGAGCAUUACAGUAACUGCGGUUAUAGCGUCGCCUUGGGAACCAAUGGAUUUACCUGGGAGCAGAUCAAUACCUGGGAAAAGCCAACAAUGGAUCCUGCUGUCCCAACUGGCUCCUUCAUGAUGGUGAACAGCUCUGGGCGAGCAUCAGGGCAGAAAGCCCACCUGCUGCUGCCCACACUGAAGGAAAACGACACCCACUGCAUCGACUUCCACUAUUAUUUGUCCAGCAGAGACCGUUCCAGCCCCGGCUCCCUCAACGUCUACGUGAAGGUGAACGGGGGCCCCCAGGGCAAUCCCAUAUGGAAUGUCUCAGGAGUCGUGACGGAGGGAUGGGUGAAGGCAGAGCUGGCCAUCAGUACCUUCUGGCCACAUUUUUAUCAGGUGAUAUUUGAAUCGGUGUCUUUGAAAGGACACCCCGGGUACAUCGCUGUGGAUGAAGUCAGAGUUCUCGCCCAUCCAUGCAGAAAAGCACCUCAUUUCCUGCGGCUCCAGAACGUGGAGGUGAACGUGGGACAGAACGCGACGUUCCAGUGCAUUGCCGGGGGGAAAUGGUCCCAGCAUGACAAGCUGUGGCUCCAGCAGUGGAAUGGAAGGGACACGGCCCUGAUGGUCACUCGAGUGGUCAACCACCGGCGCUUCUCGGCCACCGUGAGCGUGGCCGACACCUCCCAGCGCAGCAUCAGCAAAUACCGCUGUGUCAUCCGCUCCGACGGGGGGUCUGGAGUGUCCAAUUAUGCAGAGCUAAUAGUGAAAGAGCCCCCCACCCCCAUCGCCCCUCCGGAGCUGCUGGCCGUGGGAGCCACGUACCUGUGGAUCAAACCCAACGCCAACUCCAUCAUCGGGGACGGGCCCAUCAUCCUCAAGGAGGUGGAGUAUCGCACAACCACGGGGAACUGGGCAGAGACCCACAUCGUGGACUCCCCCAAUUACAAGCUGUGGCACUUGGACCCUGACGUGGAGUACGAGAUCCGAGUGCUGCUCACGCGCCCCGGGGAAGGAGGGACGGGCCCCCCAGGGCCACCCCUGACCACCAGGACCAAGUGUGCAGAUCCCGUGCACGGCCCCCAGAACGUGGAGGUGGUCGACAUUCGGUCGCGGCAGCUGACGCUGCAGUGGGAGCCCUUUGGCUACGCCGUGACCCGCUGCCACAGCUACAACCUCACCGUGCACUACCAGUAUGUCUUCAACCAGCAGAAGUUCGAGGCAGAGGAGCUCAUCCAAACCUCCUCCCACUACACCCUGCGGGGGCUCCGGCCCUUCAUGACCAUCAGGCUGAGGUUGGCCCUGUCUAACCCCGAGGGCAAGAUGGAGAGCGAGGAGCUGGUUGUGCAGACCGAGGAGGAUGUUCCUGGACCUGUUCCCUUGGAAUCCAUCCAGGGAGGACCUUUUGAAGAGAAGAUCUAUGUGCAGUGGAAGCCUCCAAAUGAGACAAAUGGCAUCAUUACACUCUAUGAGAUUACAUACAAGGCCGUUGGGUCCCUGGAUCCCAGUGCUGACCUGUCCAGCCAAAGGGGGAAGGUCUUCAAGCUGAGGAACGAGACCCACCACCUGUUUGUAGGAUUAUACCCAGGGACCACGUAUUCCUUCACCAUCAAAGCCAGCACAGUCAAGGGCUUUGGGCCACCCAUCACCACUCGGAUUGCAACUAAAAUUUCAGCACCGUCGAUGCCGGAAUACGACACGGACUCGCCCCUGAAUGAGACUGACACCACCAUCACCGUGAUGCUGAAGCCUGCUCAGUCCCGGGGAGCACCUGUCAGUGUUUAUCAACUUGUUGUCAAGGAGGAGAAGCUGCAGAAGGCACGGAGAGCUGCAGACAUCAUUGAGUGCUUCUCUGUCCCAGUGAGCUACAAGAAUGCCUCCAGCCUGGACUCCCCACACUACUUUGCAGCUGAGCUGAAGCCCAUCAACCUUCCUGUCACACAGCCCUUCACCGUGGGCGACAACAAGACCUACAAUGGCUACUGGAACGCUCCACUUUCUCCCCUGAAAAGCUACAGCAUAUACUUCCAGGCACUUAGCAAGGCCAAUGGAGAAACAAAAAUCAACUGUGUCCGGCUGGCAACAAAAGCAGUAAUAGGUAGACAAGAGGUGACCACACGAAACCCGCCCAGCCUCUUGAGCACAGGAGCUUCCACCCAGAAUUCCAAUGCAGUGGAACCAGAAAAACAAGUUGACAGCACAGUAAAAAUGGCUGGAGUUAUAGCUGGUCUCCUGAUGUUUGUGAUUAUCCUCUUGGGAGCAAUGCUUACCAUCAAGAGAAGGAUAUUUUGUUCAUCUGGUUGGCCGUCGAUAUUUAGAAGAAAUGCCUAUUCCUACUCCUAUUACUUGCAUUCAAGCCAAUGUUUUAGGGGCCUCUCUGUCUUCUACAGGACCAGGAAGCUGGCCAAGAAGCAGAAGGAGACUCAGACCAGCACACAGAGGGAGAUGGGUCCCGUGGCUACUUCUGACAAGACCUCCACCAAACUCAGUGCUGUGCACAAUGAAGAAGCUUUUUCUUCCAGCUGCCAAGAUGUUAAUGGAUUCACAUCACCCUCUCCUUGUUCAUUUUCUGUCCAAAGCAAAACCCUUCAGAGCAAAUCUAUGUUGAAUUCCUACUACUCAGUAUCAUCAGACACUGUCCCAUCGACCACGCUGUUAGACAGCAGCCAUGGAGAGAUGCCCCAGCCCACCCUGACCAUCCAGACCCACCCGUACCGCAGCUGCGAGCCCGUGGAGAUGUCCUACCCCCGGGGGCAGUUCCAGCCUGCCAUCCGCGUGGCAGACCUGCUGCAGCACAUCACCCAGAUGAAGAGGGGACAGGGCUAUGGGUUUAAAGAGGAGUAUGAGGCACUCCCCGAGGGGCAAACGGCGUCCUGGGACACGGCCAAGGAGGACGAGAACCGCAAUAAGAACAGAUACGGAAACAUAAUCUCCUAUGAUCACUCAAGAGUGAGAUUGCAGCUGCUGGAUGGGGACCCUCACUCUGACUACAUCAAUGCCAAUUACAUCGAUGGGUACCACCGGCCUCGCCAUUACAUUGCAACUCAAGGGCCGAUGCAAGAGACAGUGAAGGAUUUCUGGAGGAUGAUUUGGCAAGAAAACUCUGCAAGUGUUGUCAUGGUCACCAACCUGGUGGAAGUGGGCAGGGUGAAGUGUGUUCGAUACUGGCCAGAUGACACAGAGGUCUAUGGAGAUAUUAAAGUCACACUGAUUGAGACAGAACCGUUGGCAGAGUAUGUCAUACGGACAUUCACGGUCCAAAAGAAAGGCUACCAUGAGAUCCGAGAGAUUCGGCAGUUCCACUUCACCAGCUGGCCGGACCACGGCGUGCCCUGCUACGCCACGGGCCUGCUGGGCUUCGUGCGCCAGGUCAAGUUCCUCAACCCCCCCGAAGCAGGACCCAUCGUGGUGCACUGCAGUGCUGGGGCAGGGAGAACAGGCUGCUUUAUUGCCAUCGACAUCAUGCUCGACAUGGCAGAGAACGAAGGCGUGGUGGACAUUUUUAACUGUGUGCGAGAGCUGCGGUCCCAGAGGGUCAAUUUGGUGCAGACAGAGGAGCAGUACGUGUUUGUCCAUGAUGCCAUUUUGGAGGCAUGUCUCUGUGGCAACACGGCCAUUCCAGUUUGUGAGUUCAGAUCCAUAUAUUACAACAUCAGCAGACUGGAUCCACAGACCAAUUCCAGCCAGAUAAAAGAUGAGUUUCAGACUCUGAACAUCGUGACGCCGCGGGUGCGGCCGGAGGAUUGCAGCAUCGGCCUCCUGCCCAGGAACCACGACAAGAACCGCUGCAUGGACGUGCUGCCCCUGGACCGCUGCCUGCCCUUCCUCAUCUCCGUGGAUGGGGAAUCCAGCAACUACAUCAAUGCUGCGCUCAUGGAUAGCCACAAGCAACCUGCUGCCUUUAUUGUAACCCAACACCCUUUGCCCAACACCAUCGCAGACUUCUGGAGGCUGGUGUUUGAUUACAACUGCUCCUCUGUGGUGAUGCUGAAUGAGAUGGAUGCAGCACAGCUCUGCAUGCAGUACUGGCCAGAGAAGACAUCCUGUUGUUAUGGCCCCAUUCAGGUGGAGUUUGUCUCAGCAGACAUCGAUGAAGACAUCAUCAACCGGAUAUUCCGGAUCUGCAACAUGGCCAGGCCCCAGGACGGCUAUCGCAUCGUGCAGCACCUGCAGUACAUCGGCUGGCCGGCCUACAGGGACACCCCUCCCUCCAAACGCUCCCUGCUCAAGGUGGUCAGGAGGCUGGAGAAGUGGCAGGAGCAGUACGAUGGGAGAGAUGGCCGGACCGUGGUCCACUGCCUGAACGGCGGGGGACGCAGCGGCACCUUCUGUGCCAUCUGCAGCGUGUGUGAGAUGAUCCAACAGCAGAACAUCAUCGAUGUGUUCCACAUAGUGAAGACGCUACGGAAUAACAAAUCCAACAUGGUGGAGUCACUGGAACAGUAUAAAUUUGUAUAUGAGGUUGCACUGGAAUACUUGAGUUCCUUUUAGCCCAGAGGAGGGAGGGGACCCUCGGAUGUGCCAGACCCCAGUCUCUGGCAGGCGCUUCCCCCUUCUCCCACACUGGAAGGCAGUAAAAAGUGUGGGAAGGAAAACCUCUCCUUCCUGGAGCAAGAGACUGAGGUUGCACAGACCUCACUGGAAGGAGGAGACGAUGCCUGUGUGUGCUGCUGCCUGCUUUCUAUUGGAACAUCUACUGCUUCUUAAAUAACCUACUGUAAAAAUUAGCAAAAUGGGAGACAGGCUGAAAGACUGGACUUUCUAAUCCCCUCUGACUUCUUCUCUCCUCUUUUGGAUUGUAUUUUUGCUCUGCUUGCUGCAGAGUGGAGAAGGAAUGAAACCCUUAGGAAAUUCUCUUUUAAAUGUCUGCUUUUUAAUUUAUAAUUUUGUUCUCAAAUCCCAGUCUUUUAAUUUUUUUUAAUUUCAUGCAGCAGUCAUUUGGGAAAAAUGAGAUAGCCAUAGGGGAUACAUGAAAUACUUCAUUACGGUUUGUCUACCUUAUCUCUUCCCUUUUGUUUGCUUUUCCAAAUGAAAAGGCCAACACAGGAGAAAAACAACGCUGGAAUUCUCUUCCCACACGUGGUGGUCCCUUUAAGCAUGAAAAUAGAGAGAGGGUGGAGAUGAGAAGCUGUUCAUGGAUUCACUGCCUCCACCCCAAUGUUUCCUCCCAGUUUCUGCUCCACUCCCAGGGCUGUGCAUGAGCCGGUUACAUCUCUCUGGUCCGUUCCUUUGGGUGCUGGUGAAGCAAUGCCACUAAAUGAGUUUCCCAGCCACUUGAACCUUGAGGUUGAAUAUUUGCAUCAAACGGAUUGCAUUUUGUCUUGCAACUUUGGUAACUUUGUUACCACGUUUUUCAAGUAUUUGCUGGGGUGCAGUGCGUCUUUGAAAAAGAAAAAACACAAACAGGGUAUAAAGUAGGUAUUAUUGCUCAUCUACUAUGUAUUACUAUUUUUUAUUUAUUAUUUGUAUUGCUGUAGAACUUAGGACCCCUAGUCACGACAGGACCCUGCUGAACUAGGCACUGUGCAAACAGAGAGCAAAGAAAGUUCCUGCUCAAAAGAGUUUAAAAGCUGAAGGUUCUUAAAAUUGGGUUUUGGCAAGAAUUCCUCGCUAUUUCCAGGCCCUACAAGCUUCAAAAAUGGGAACCCCUUGGAGCUGUAGGAAAGGUGAUGUACAUACACAGAAACCUGUUCUGACACGUGUAAAGAGAAGUGUUAGCCCAGCACAGCAACUUCUCUUCUUAAGCAAAACAGCUUUUGUUUCGUCCUGCAAAAAUGCCUGUGCAACUCCCCUCCUCCCAAACAAACACCAGAUGUGUUUUGCCACGGCUCUGGAUCUCGCUCUGAUUUCAUAGCAGCUAAGAAAUUGCUUUUCUGAAAGAGUGUGUUUAAGUAGUUAAUCACUAAUGUCUGCAGGGUAAUCUCUGAGAAAAAAAAAAAAUAAUUGAAAGAACAAGGCCUUACUAUAAUUAGUAUUUGAAUUUAGCCACUUAUUUAUCUGGAGGGUGCUGGUUAUGAGGUUGCUCUCUGUGUAAGUGAAAUUCUGGGACACAGGUUUCUUCAAAUUCAGACUUUCUAAAAGAUAGAUUGAAGGCAGGAGUUUAAGCAAACCCCACUUCCUUACCACCCUGUAGUUUUCCACCCUCAGGUAAAUACUCAGAGGCUGUGCUGGAAGCUCUGUGCUCUCAGUGUGUGACAAGUUCAACACGUCUUGCUCGUUCUGUCUGUAAGUUCAAAAGGCUUCACUUCAUGAUCAUUCUUUCUUCAGUAGACAAACCUUUGCCUUGGCAAUGAGGGAUGAAAGUGAGAGCUGACAGAAGCAGCUCUCACCUCGCAGUUCCCAUCCACCAGGAGCUGCACCGGUCCAGGGAAGGGUGCUUGGAACUCUAAUAAUGCAGAUGAAGGGGUUCACAGGAUGCUGAACCUCCUAGCCUGGAUUCUUUCCAAGGAGCUUUGGAUUCUUGGCUUUAAUGUCAUAGUCUUAAAUGAGCAUGAACCACAUUCUCCCUGAUGUGCUGUAAAAUAUUGGUGAGAACUCCCUCACAGGAGCCUCUGCUCUGGUUCCAGUUGGUCCUUUCUGUUGCCUGCAGGAAAUCAGGGGCUGUAGGUGGUAUCUGGCAUCUCCUGGGACAGGCUACUGGUUUGAAUUGUUUUCUUCCUUAAUGCAACUGAGCAACACAAACAACUCUGCAGGGAAAACAAAAAUAGAAGGCAAAGCAAAACUACGAGAUAAAAAUGGCAUUAUAUUGGUGUUUUCAUCACAGGUGGCUGGAUGGAACAGUGUGGGUCAGGAGCUGGGAGCUAUUAGUGAAGAUGAGGGAAUUCUGAUCCCAGAAUGGGAUUUUUGAACAACUGCCCAUGUAGGAAGAAGCUACGAGAAAGCAAAGUGUUUGUGACUCUGCUGACUCCAGAAAGCCUGAGGGAAUCACUCCCUAAGGAUACUAUGGAAAUAUUAAUUAGUAUUUAGCAUUCUGUUAAUUUUACAUGGAAACUAGCACAGGGAUAGGUCUCCUUCAUGAUAUAGGAGGGGGAAAGACUGAUGGAAGCACUGAGAGUGACAGCCAGGAUAAAAGGAACAGAAUGGUAAAGAAAUAGGAUGAGAUGUGAAGUAUGGGAGCUAAUUCAGGCUUAACAGUAGCAGGAAGGAAAGUGGAUUAAAAAACCAGAAUUAAGCCCACAGGAGGGAUGUGUGCAUGGAGAGAAGGAAGCUGUGAGAUGAUCAGAGCAGAAUAGCACUUGCAGUGGAGUUGUUUAAGGUCCUGAGGUAGGAUUGAAUGUGUUUUAUGGUAUGAAAAAUGCUGCCAAAGGGUCAGAAGUACCUGUAUCAGGCUGGUCCACAGCAAGUCAUGUGUGUUUCUGGCCCUCUGCAAACACCAGGUGAUGCUGGCAUAAAGUGCAGGGGAAGAUGUUAAAGCUAAAUUUUACAUUUUAUAGGAGUUAAAUGCAAAUGUUGGUUGCCACAGCCCAACUGUUCAUCACAGCUUGUUCUGUGGCCACUCAACUGCAUGUCUUGACCUUCAUGUCCUUGUGUGGGAGGAUUCUCAGCAGACACUGAAGAUUUUGUUGCCAAACUGAUAUAAAUUCCUGCAGUUAAGGUGCUUUUGGGGGACCAACCCAGCUCCAGUGUGUGUUAUCUCUGGGAUAUUCCUGCUGUUCCUUGCUGCACAGUGCAUAUAUGCUGAGUGUGAAUUAAUGAUGAGGGGAAUUGUGUGGAAAGAGAAGACAAGCUGGCUUUAAAUAACUUUAUUACCCUGAAGUUGUUUAAGCCCUAGAGAACAGCCCAUAGCAGAGCAGGUAAUGUGUUUGAAGCAAGAUUAUGGGUGAUGGGUUUGUUUUUGCAGAGAAAGGGAGAAAUUAUGAGAUGAGAUAAAGGAGGUUUUCUCACUCCUGGAAGGAUUAAUAGUCAGGGUGAGCUUUCCAGCCUAAGCAUCCCCUGCUGUGGAUAGAAAGCGAUAAUGUGCAGUAGAAAAGGUGAAUUCCUCAGUGAUUGAAUUUUAAGCUGGAAAAAUAUCAUAUUGCCCAUUCAAAUAUCCACAUUUGAAUGGACAUAAUGAAGAUAAACUUAGUCUCAUUCAGUCAUCCUUCAGGGGUGAGGGAGCAGUUUAUGAUAGCUCAGGACUGGUGUAAGGUUUGGUCUGAAGUACAAGGAAUUAGAAAUAGGUAAAGAAGGGUGGGUCAGAGGUGGCUGUCUCAUACAGGGAGUAACUAACAUCUGAAAUUAGUGUGGGAUGUAACUGAAGAAGUGAAUGCCAGAGCUAUCUAAGCUGGCUACUGGAGAAGGAAGACUUUGGGUUUUCUACGUGGGAGAUGGACCAAAACCCCUGAAAGAUACACUAGGACUUAACAAUCUUUUUUUAGUUUUAUGUUUGCUUGGUGGUGGGUUUUGGGUCUGUAUCUUUUUUUAAGAUCUGUGCAGGACUGAUGUCCUGUGGUGGCUCUUUUGGUUUGGUUUGGUUUGUUUAUGUCUUUGAAGGUAAAAGGUGUUUGAACUGUUGUAAAUAGACUUGAGGUACUUGUUUAUGAAGGUAAAGAAGAAUACAGUGGCCAUGUGGAGGGAACUGAAUCAGGACCUCUGAUAGCCAGCAGGCAGGUGGGGAUGUGUAUGGGUUGUGUGUGUUUGCAGAUUGAAAUAACUUGUGUUCUUUGAGCAGGGAAGUUCCUGGGCUAUGAUUAGUAGGAAGCUCUUCCAUUUGGGAUUCUUCAGCAAGGUUGCACAGAGUUAUGUCUGCCUUUGCCAUGCAACGGUGGGCCCCUCUUAAUUUAUUCCCAUUUUAGCCAUUUUUGUGAGCUGGCGUUGUCCAUUUUGGUCCAGCAGCAACAGGCAGUUGACUAACAGUGAAAGGUUUUUACAUGCACUGCAAAGAUGUGACUUUGUGUGGCCUUUACCCCCGAGAUAACCUGCAGUUUCUGUCCCCUUGUCUUGUCCACCUGCACACACAUUCUGAAGAACGUCCAGAGAACUAAAAAGCAGGCAGAGAUUUUGGGAGGUGCCUGUGACCUCAAAUCAUUCUGGUCCAUGUAGCUCCCUAGGGCAGAGGAGGGAAUCCCAAAGAACAGCUGUUCCCUACAGCAGCCUGUAUUUGUGUGUCAGUAGUUCCCAACCUUUUAUUCUGGAGCUGUAAACACCCUAGAAAGAAAAACGUCCAGUGGCAACACAGACCCCACAGUCAUAGAUUUGAGUCUGUAGAUGCUAGAUUGGCUUUUCCAUUUGCUUUUCACAGGCCCUUUAGCAGCAGUUUGUUGGAUUUCCUUUGGGCAUCUCAAGCCAGGGAUUGCUGAUCACUGUUCUUGUUGUGCUGUAGAGUCAGAGGAGGAGGAGAGGCUCCUGCAGCAGGUGGUUCAGAAGACACUUAAACCAGUUGCCAUCUGGGAGAGAAGGAAAGGAGGAGAAAUCUCCUUUGGGAGAAACCCAGCUUUGGAGGAGAAGGCAGAUUAGAUGGAUCCUGAAACAGGCAGGAAGUUUGCACCUUGCUCUCUCUCUCAUUCUUGCACAGCUGCUCUUUAUCUUUCUUACUCUUCUGAGUUCCUGCCAAGAUCAUAAAAAACAGGUAAUGCCACAUUCCGUGCUGUGGAGAUGGAGCACUCGGAGUGUGACAGAGAGAAUAAAUCCUGAGGGACAGAGAUAAAAGGAGAAUCACUUGAGAGAGGAAUCUUCAAACACGAGGUGCCUCUGCCUGUCACACUUGCAGAAUUUUUAGUAAGUCGUCACGGAGCAUUGCACAGUCCUGGCACGGUCCUGGGUGUGCAAUGUGGUGGCAAAGUUCCACUUGGAAAACUUCAUUGUCCUGUAAUAAAUGUGAACAGUCGACUCCAUUACGUUGGUAGCACAGUUAAUUUCUGUGAUCUCUCCGGCCGGUGCAAGGGGCAUCUCAGGAAGCUGGUGUGAAACUGCUGUAUUUUCGUUUGAGAGGCUUUCAUUUGCCUUAAGUGUAAAAAAGUCAGUCAGCCCCAGUUUUUGAAGAAAAUUAAGGGGAGCCAUGGGGUAAAAGUGGCAAAAGUUAUUCAGCAUAACCACUGCCUUUGGGUCAAAAAUUCCGUGUCCCUGCUGUGUGAGGGCAGAACAAAUCACUGCAGCUUCCCUGCCCAGACAUUUACUGGAGUAGAAAUGGGGAGAGCCAGGGAAAUAAAGUCAGAGAGACAGACACGACUAAUAAGGAUUCUGUUAACCCUCCUGCACUCCUGUUUAUUUAGAUUGCAGCCUUCUAUAGCCAUACAUACAUAAUAUACAAUUUAAAUGCAAGUGCUCUUUCUUUCCCUGUUCCCAAAAAUACCUACAGCUCUUCUUUCCUCCAGGGUGAGCCAACAGCAUAGCGAGCAAAGCCCAAUUUCUGCAGUUUUGGCAAGGACCACUAGGAAAAUCCAUCAUGUAUUAUCUGCUCAUUGACUUGGAAAAGAUAUCAGUCAUCUCCCUCAUAUACAUACUUGAAGAAUGUACAAUUUGCUCAAACUGUCAAGCAGAAUCAUAUGUUUUCAUACACCAAGACCAAAUCCUGGUGGUACAGAGUGUGAUGGAAAGAAAGAAAAUUACAAAAACUUGCUGACUUGCAGUGACCUCUAGUCUGUAAUCUCUACUUGCUGUGUUAAAAUAUUUUAAAAGUUUCCCUUGUAAAAAAUAACCUCAGAAUACCCCUACAGGUUCAUGUUGGAUUAGCAGAAUUGUGAAAACCUGGCAGCUUUUGCAGUUUGUGAGAACACGAGAGGUCUAAAUUAGUCUUCCCAUCCUCGCCCCAGUGCUUGCAGCAGAUUUUUCACCAUUAUUGUGUUUUCAACCUGAACCUUAAAAAAACCAAACUAAUGCAGCAGACUGAAUGCCAGAUGCUGGUGUUCCCACAGUGUUUCCUGGGGGCAAAAAAAAUGAAAAAAAAAAAAAUUAAAAAACUUAAUGAAAUGGGAAAAGAACAAACUAAAAUGUUUUUCUUGGAACUCGAUUAGCAUGAGCUGUUUCUAAGCAGGAUAAACAUGAGCAAGUCCAUGUCACCCUGUCAGGAGGAAGGAUGUGCCUGUUGCAAGGUGAAGGUUUGCUGUUGGUGUCCCCUUGGGACCAGUCCUGAUAUUUCAUAUGCAGUUUUCUAGCAGUGUAGUGGUUCCUUUAGUGAGGAAGCUUUGUCCCAGAAGGAGUGUUUCAGCGGAGAUCUGUUCCCCUGAAACAUCACUGUUGGUGAUACCUCGGGAGUGUUGCGCUGUGGAGACUGAUUUCCUUGUGUGAGUACAUCAUCUUUCAGUGGGGACCUCCAGGGAACCUGAUUUGUGCAAAGUUAUGGAAAGAAGGGCGUUUUGGGGGGAUGGAAGUGGGAGUGGGGCCAGCACUUCACAAGCUUUCCUGAAUUUAGGUGCUCCUAACAAGGCUCCCCAGGGCAAAGGCUGGUCAGUUUUUCACGUUCCUGACAGUUGAACCAGAAUUCAUUACUGGAAUUCCAUGUACCUGGAGCAGAACUGGAAUUACCCCCUCAUCACCCCUCCAGCCCUUUCUUGCAUUGCCAGCACUUAAACACUGUACUUCUAUGCCAAAAGUUUGAGCUGCAUCCUUAACACAUCCUCUAACCCGCCCUGACUAACCACGGGGACAAAAUUCACCCCCCUCUUGAUUUCACCUCCUCCCUCCCCACACCAACCCUGUCAAAAUCCAGAUGUACCCGCAUUUUGUUGCCAGACUUGUCCCCUCUUCACACAGCCGUGCUGUGGCUGCCUCUGGGUCAGCAGUGUCCCAUUCCAGGUCCCUGGAUGUGUUGUCCAGCAGGGAGGAGUGCUGCAUGAGAGCGAGUCUCUGCUGUUGCGAUGCCGCCCCAUCUCCCCCCCCCUUUGGCCUUUCUGGAUUCCUGGUGAAACUCACUUGUACAGUUUGGAUGUUUGAUAGAUAAAGCACGUAUGAAAAAAAAAAAAAAGGAAAAAAAUAUAAAUACAAAACUCUCAACACUGUGCAUUCAGUGUCUUUCUAGCUUAAAAGAAGGAAGGUAAAUAAUGUCAAGUCAAUGAAUAUCAGAUAUAUUUUUUGACUGUACAUUACAGUGAAGUGUAAUCUUUUUUUUACAACUGCGAGUCCAUCUUAUUUAUUCUUGUAAAUGUUCCCAGACAAUGUUUGUAAUAUGGGCUGUGUUGCAAAUCCAUAAAAUAAAUCUGUGAUCUGAGAUUAAUGUUUUACUAAGA